UGUGGUAUGCAGUAAUCGGGCGUUCCCUUACAAACAUGGCCACACAGUCUCUAACAUUGAACAAUGGCUAUAAGAUGCCUCUUGUGGGUCUUGGCUCCUGGCAGGUUACCUCUCCCGAGGAGUGCAAGGACACUAUCCGUGCGGCACUGGACGCUGGCUACAGACACAUUGACACAGCCUACGCAUACCAGAACGAGGCUUUCAUUGGGGAGGUGCUCCAGGAAUACUUCAAGGCCGGGAAACUGAGGAGGGAGGACAUUUUUGUUACAACAAAGCUUUGGGUGACCUACCAUGAGAAAGACCGAGUUCCCCUGUGCAUCGUUGAAAGCCUUCAGAAGUUACAGUUGGACUAUGUGGACAUGUAUCUUAUCCACCUUCCUGUAGGACUGAGAGAAACAGGCAAAGGAAAACCUUUCCCACUGGAUGAAAACAACACACCUGCAUUCCAGGAUGUUCUCCUGACGGAUACGUGGAAGGGGAUGGAACAGGUGGCUCGCUGUGGCCAAGCCAAAUCUAUUGGUGUCUCAAAUUUCAACAUGGAACAGAUUGAGAGGAUAUGCAAGAUAGCUGAAAUAAUACCAGCCACAAACCAGGUUGAGUGUCAUUUGUAUCUCCAGCAAGAAAAGCUGUUUCAGUUUCUCAAGGAAAAGGGGAUAACUGUUACAGCCUACAGCCCUCUUGGUUCACCAACUCGACCAGCUCACAUACUGAAGGAAGGAGCUCCCAGAGUUCUAGAUGACCCAGUUGCUAAGGAUCUGGCCACAAAGUAUAAAAGAUCUGUAGGACAGAUUCUCCUCCGCUAUCUCGUCCAAAGAGGCAUGAUUGUUAUCCCGAAGAGCAGCAAUCCUUCAAGAAUUCUGGAAAACGUGAAGGUUUUCGACUUCGAACUGUCUGGCGAGGAUAUGUCAAAGCUUUCAGCUCAAGACAAGAAACUGCGUUUUUUUACCAUCUUGGAAUUCAAAGGACACUCAGAAUACCCCUUUGACGAGCCUCUCUGAAAUGGGAAAUGGCAAAACGGUUCCGAGAAGUCCUCCAUUUGGACACAAAUAUCAAAAGUCUUUUCCUAGCAGUAUAUUCAUAUAUAAUAUGAACCUUCAUAUAUUAACCUCGGGUUUUUUAGUGUCUAACACAUUUUCAACUUUUGCGGAAGUGGCGAAGUCACUCUACAAAUAAAGAACAUCUACAAAGAGAUAAUUCUACUUUUACCAUAGUGGACCAUGUAAGUAUGUGCAGUAGGUUGAUAAAAAGAGAAACAAUCUAUACUUAUAAGAAAUCUCUUCUGAAAGCUUGUGCAUUGUGCAACUUCAAGAAUAGUUCAUUCAGUUGUUGAAAACAUUUGAGGAACUUUGAUCUUCUCGGGAUUAACUCGCACUAUGUAAACAUCCCUGAUGUGUGUUUAGCCAUUUAAAAAAUAUACGCAUGUAUAAAUAUAGAGUAAGUUACGGUUUUCUAUCUAAGGCUUGAACAGAUCAUUUCUCAUGAGGGAAAGUAAUAUAUUUGGUCCAUAGCAGAGAAACUAGGUUCACAUUUACCGGCCUACAGAGAGGAUCGUACCUUUAAAUCUGAAGAGUGUGGGCAGGCAAUUAAGAAAUGGCAUUUUUCUUCAAUAUCAGUUAAAUUGCAAUGUUUACAUAUGCGAUUCUGUAUGUGAGUUAGUGAGUUACGUGGCGAGUAUAACGACCAAGUACAAUUUAAAAACGAAGUGUACUACUUCAUGGUUUACCUUAGGUAGUGAGUACGUAGUUUUUAAAAAAAGUUUUUAUAUAUUUUUUAUUGGUUCCCAAGAUUAUAAUAUCACAGAUAUACAAAGCAGUGAUACAUACGGCUUUAAUUGAUGCUGCUACAUGAUUUAAAGGUAUGAUAAUAAUAUAUUAAUAUAUUCAUAAACAUGCAUAAAUCUUUGCCAAUAAACGUACAGAUUAUGUCAGGUACA